UAGCAAAAUGCCACACAGUUACUUGCAAACUAGCACAAAGGUGAAUGUGCUUUAUGAAGGUAGCUUGACUCAGAUGGGCUGAAAUAGGAGCAAAGAGCAAAAGGCAACCAACGGUGAAAGCAAGAAUUCACAGGGAACAGGCAGGCAUGCGAGCAGUUACUUAGAUUGAUCUACAUGACCAGCUUAUUUUCUGUAAAAGAAGAAUCAGCCAAAGGGAGUAAUUUAAGACCCACUGCAGGUGUUUGAGCUGCACUGCUUCUACAACAAAGGUCUCUAGACUCACCACAUCUUGGGAAGAGAAUGGCCACUUCCUGGGGAGCAGCCUUUUUCAUGUUAGUGACAUCCUGUGUUUGCAGCACUAUCUUCCACAGAGACCAGCAGACUUGGUUUGAGGGUGUCUUCCUGUCUUCCAUGUGCCCCAUCAAUGUCAGUACCAGCACCUUGUAUGGAAUUAUGUUUGAUGCAGGGAGCACUGGAACACGAAUUCAUGUUUACACCUUUGUACAGAAAAUAGCAGGACAGCUUCCAGUUCUGGAAGGGGAAAUUUUUGAUUCUGUGAAGCCAGGACUUUCUGCUUUUGUAGAUCAACCUAAGCAGGGUGCUGAGACUGUUCAAGAGCUCUUGGAGGUGGCCAAAGACUCAAUCCCCCGAAGUCAUUGGAAAAGGACCCCAGUGGUUUUGAAGGCAACAGCGGGACUGCGCUUACUGCCAGAACAGAAAGCCCAGGCUCUGCUCUUUGAGGUGAAAGAGAUCUUCAAGAAGUCACCUUUCCUGGUACCAGAUGACAGUGUUAGCAUCAUGGAUGGAUCCUACGAAGGCAUAUUAGCUUGGAUCACUGUGAAUUUUCUGACAGGUCAGCUGCAUGGCCACAGUCACGAGACUGUGGGGACCCUGGACCUGGGGGGAGCCUCCACCCAAAUCACAUUUCUACCCCAGUUUCAGAAAACCCUGGAACAAACCCCUAGGGGCUACCUCACUUCCUUUGAGAUGUUUAACAGAACUUAUAAGCUCUAUACAUAUAGUUACUUGGGAUUUGGAUUGAAAGCUGCAAGACUAGCAACUCUGGGAGCCCUGGAAACAGAAGGAACUGAGGGACAUACUUUUCGAAGUGCCUGUCUACCAAGAUGGUUAGAAGCAGAGUGGAUUUUUGGGGGCGUGAAAUACCAGUAUGGCGGCAUCCAAGAAGGGGAAGUGGGCUUUGAGCCCUGCUAUGCUGAAGUGCUGAGGGUGGUCCAAGGAAAACUUCACCAGCCAGAUGAGAUCCAGAGAAGCUCCUUCUAUGCUUUCUCUUACUACUAUGAUCGAGCUGUUGACACACACAUGAUUGAUUAUGAAAAGGGGGGUAUUUUAAAAGUUGAAGACUUUGAAAGAAAAGCAAAGGAAGUGUGUGACAACUUGGAAAAUUUCACCUCAGGCAGUCCUUUCCUGUGCAUGGAUCUCAGCUACAUCACAGCCUUGUUGAAGGAUGGCUUUGGCUUUGCAGACAGCACCGUCUUACAGCUCACAAAGAAAGUGAACAACAUAGAGACAGGCUGGGCCUUGGGGGCCACCUUUCACUUGCUGCAGUCUCUGGGCAUCUCCCACUGAGGCCACACCCUUCCUCUGAGGCCUGCAUUUGCCAACAACCUUUUAACGGGAGAAGGAGACAAGACUCAGUCAUGUUAUGAGGCGGUUUGGAAACCACCUGGAUUGAAACCCAGCAGCUGGCUUCAUCAGGAGGAAGAGGUUUUUGUAGACAGCUCUUGCCCUUAAGUCUAGAGAUUUGGGUUUAAUUAAUUUUACACAUCUAAUAGGAACUGGUACCUAACCAUUCUGCUUGCACGGCUGGUACUAGAGUCUAAAUUUUUGAGCAUGCUUGUGUGUCACAGAGAGCCAAAAGGAAUAGCUUUGGAACUUAACCAAAGAAAAAUCUCAUUUCAACCCUUUGAGUGCCUCUUUCCUUUUGAACAUUUUAAGUUUCCUCUUACAUGCUAAUCUUAGCUGACUGAUUGCAAUCCCAUAGCCUGUCAACACCAGUAUAUUUUUCCUCCCUGCACAUUGCCUUUCCCACCCUUAUCAUACCCAUCCACCCACUUGCCCAAAAAAGACAGGAAAAAAUAUCUGGUUUUGUAAUUCAAGAGGAAAGAAAGGUACCAUCUCUGAAGUUGUGUGGUACUGCUUUGUGCUAGCUCCAAUCAGCCAGCUGAGAGCUGUCCUCUUAGCAGGAGAGCAACUCCUACCUGUACAGCCUUAAGAAAAGAGGCCGUCCAGUCUCUAAGGACAUGUUUUGGGAGAGCGUGGCUGCCUUGUAUAGGCCACCUUCUUUUAAUCAACUUUUUAUGUCAACUGUGAGAUUAAUGAGUAUGUCCAGCCUUCUAGGAAUAUGUGUUUAUUCAGUGCUGUGCCUCCUUCCAGGCUCUGUUGAUAGUAAUUUGUCAUCCUAAUCUUAUUUCUUUGUAUUUCUAAGAAGUACAUCUCUACCCUUCUAUUGGAGGAUCUAGAUUUUGGCCGUAGCUCCUUUCAGUUUGCCUUUUUAUUCUGUUUAUAGCAACAUUUCCUCCUACCUGGCCCCUGAUCAUUUUAGCUACCAUCUCCUAAAUUGUCUAGUUACAGGGUUUCUGAUACCCUUCUCGAUGAUAAGCUAACAUUUUAUUUUCUUGGCCAUUUUGGCCCUCACACUGUGGAUUCUUUUUGGGUUGGAAUGCUCUGAGCCCUUGAUUUUGUGAAUUACUUCCCCUAAAAUUCAUUAUCUCGUACUUUCCCAUACGCCCAUCACCUACUUCUUGUCUGCCUGCUCAGCGCCCUUGGGCUUGAAGGAUCUUCCUGUUGACUGGCUCUUUGACCUUGGCUCUUUACCUCCAGCUUCUUUCCAGCAGUUUGUAUCUUCCACACUUGUAGCCAUCACAGUAGCUUUCUUCUGGCACUCUCACCAAAAAAAAAUGUUAUUAAACACCUGGCCCUCACAAGAGCUCCUUUUUUAAAGUUAUUCCACUGAGUCAGUAAGUGGUUAACAUCUAAUGUGCAAGUAGCUAGCCAAAUUUUAUCUUUAUCUCCCACAUUUUAGUGUGUUGUUUGGUUUCUUUAUUUCAUUGUGGAAUUUUUUCAGAUUCUUCAUACUGACUUUCUUUUCUUUUUUACACAGACUUUUAUACCAAGGUCACCUUGAUACCUAUUGUCUUCCUCAAAAGAAUGCUAAUACGUCAUACCAUCUUUAGAGUUGGAAACAGCCCAAAGAUAGAAUCCAGCCUUCUGUUGCAGAAUCCCCUUAACAUUUCUAAGUAGCUGUAUUUAGCUUCUGGUUAGCAUGUUUUGAGACAGCUCAUUGCAUUUGGGACAGCACUGAUGUCAAAUAUCCCUUCAAUGUGGCGCUGCAAUCUCUCCUCUCAGUGGUCUUCUCUAACUGCUCCUUUCACAGCCUUUCCAUCUCCUGAAGAAAAUUCCUCCCGAGUUCUUUGUGGUCUCUCCUUUAACACUUGGCUUCUGGACCCCUUACCAUUUUUGUCACACAGGUUGAGUGCUAGAACCAGUCAUACACUAAAUGUUGUUCCACAUGAUUAGGGAGAGACCAGUUUCUCUAGUAGAAACCAAGUGUUUUCCCCAAGAGGUAAGCUGUGUUCACUGAAGACUCCACCAGUUUGACGGUUGAGAGAGGCAAGAUUCCCUGGUCUUUGUCAUAGCUUGUCUGUGAAGAUUUUCUUAUGGACAGAGGCUGUUCAGACUCCUUUGGUCAUCCCAAGUACCUCUAGAACUCUUGGAUAGAUGCAUUAACUCCAGAAAUGUGUCUACCUAAAUUCUGAUAAAAUCUUGACUAGAACAUCAGGAGAGAAUUAACCAGUUUAUCCAUGUUAGGAGCAAUAUGGAAUAAGAAUUUUUAUUUCUUAGAAAAAUGACUUGUCUAUAAUGUCCUUUUGCCCCUUAGUGUACCUUUCGGGCCUCUUAUUGAGGAAUCCUAUAGUGGCUAAUAUUGCUGGUUAAGUUUCUUUUCUAUAAAUGUGUUUAUGUAUUUCAAAUACUUAGGACCUGGCCUGGCACAUAGUGGAUGUUGUGUGUUCACCAUCAUCAUAUGAAGAACAUCCUCUGUGGUAACGGAGGGCCUUGUAAGAUGUGCCUUAAAAUUCUUCCUAUUUUGCCUGAUUUUAUUUGCAUACUUUUGGAGCGUCCAUGUUCUUCUUUCCUGAGCUACCUUUCCAAUUUUUGUGAAAGAUGACCCCCCCUCCCCCCCCAUUCAGUGGUGACCUUUCUGGACUCUGCUAGUAGUCAUACAACUUUCACAGUAGUUGCCAUCUUUCAUUCUGGGCACAUCUUUCCAGAGAUUCCAGGAACAUUUGUGACACUAUCACUUUUUACUCUAGUAUCUUAUAAAUUUUCUGCAUUUGCCUGAAAAGCUCCCCUGUAGAAACAUCUUUCUCAUUCCUUCAGUAACUCAGCUAAACUAAACAGAAUAGUUUAGCUUGGUUCAAAAGCAGACUCUUUCUUCUCAUUUCAUCAACAAAUCAGACUUUUGGACAAAAUUUUCUCUACAGUAUACAAAUCUAAUGGAUCCCCAAAUCUCUUCAAGAGGCAUCUCUGGUACUGCGAAGUGAGCUCUUCAAACACCCACAGCACCCCUACACCCAUCAGCCACCAGUCCGCAACCAAAUAUGACAAAUUCUGCUGCUAAUCAGAUAUCCCCUUUGACCUGGCUCCUGAAGUUCUCACACCUGUGCAAUGAAACUAUUUAUUGUUUUGUCACUGAACAGACAGUGGUGUCCCAGAGAGGAACCAUAAAGAAAAGUGAGAUCCGGUGCUGUGAUAAGGAAGUAACAAUGAGCAACAGAUUUGGUUUUCUUUUUAGAAAGUCCAGUGCACCUACAACAAAGGUUAAAGCAAUUUAUUUUUAAUUUUAAAACAGUAAUUCUAACAAAAAUGCAUCAAUUGAAUAUUUUUAAUUCUUCUUUAUCAAAAGAUAAUUGUAUAGAUUUAUGACCAGCAUUUAAAAAAAACUAUAGAUCUUCUCUUUAGAAAGGAUUGUUAACAAGUGAAAAUGAAUGAGAUAGCACCUUAAGUUGUUUUAGUAAUAAAAAGUUAUUUUCAACAAAAA